CCCGCGUCCUCUCACCCCCACCGCUCCCUCCCCCCGCCGCCGCCGCCCACCUGGCCGCCCCCGCUGCGGCAGCGGCGCGAGGCUUGCUUCCAGGCCUCCGGGUCGCAGCCCGCGCGGUCUGCGGAGCUUUCCUUGUGUCUGCCCUCCCCCCGCUUCGCCCGCCCUCCCCGGGGCCCAACGUGCUCGUUCCCUGUUACUUCGGUCGGGGCGCGCCGGUGGGUUUGGCCUGCGCCGCGGCGGCGAGGCGGGGGAGCGAGUGAGCGCGAGGGGCGGGAGCGAGUGCCUGUGUGAGUCACCGGUACCUGGAGCGCGAGCGACGCAGAGAGAGCGGCGCGGAGCCCGAGCCGGAGCCGAGCCCGAGAGCGCCGCCGUCCCCCGGCGCCAGGCCCCGCCGCGAACCCACCCGCGCCCCCGCCGCCUCCCCGCGCGCCGCGCGGCCCGCUCGCCCCGGGCCCCGCGCCGACGCCAGACCCCGGCGCCCGGCCCGCGCCGCCCUCCCGCCUGCCCGGAGGCGGUGCGGGGCUCGCCGGGGGAUGUCACAGCGGCUCCUCGGAGCCCCCAGCCGUCGUCGCUUCCGCCCAGCCGCCGCCCCCGGGAACCGCGACAAUGAACCCCCAGUGCGCCCGCUGCGGGAAAGUCGUGUAUCCCACGGAGAAAGUCAACUGCCUGGAUAAGUAUUGGCAUAAAGGAUGUUUCCAUUGUGAAGUCUGCAAGAUGGCUCUGAACAUGAACAACUACAAAGGCUAUGAAAAGAAGCCCUAUUGUAAUGCACACUACCCAAAGCAGUCCUUCACCACGGUGGCAGAUACACCUGAAAAUCUUCGCCUGAAACAGCAAAGUGAAUUGCAGAGUCAGGUCAAGUACAAAAGAGAUUUUGAAGAAAGCAAAGGAAGGGGCUUCAGCAUUGUUACAGACACUCCUGAACUACAGAGGCUGAAGAGGACUCAGGAACAAAUCAGUAAUCAGGAAUAUACAUUUUAUUCAAUACCAGAGGCUGUUUGCAGAUCCAUUCUUAAUUAUGCAAAAAACCAUUAUAACCCAGGUGGUGGAGAAAUAUUGUGUGAAGGGGAAGGGGGAAAAAAAAAAAACCCAGAUGACAAAAUCUUGUAUUUUACAGAGUGACUGAAAUGAUCUUCCCGUGGCUUCUCACUCUGCCCAAGGCUGCGGGCUCUGGGAUGGCUUACCCAGGACUACCACUGAUUAACAUACCCAUUUUGAGACUUUGAGGAGUGACUCCUUCUAGCAUUGUAUUUUAUUAUACCUCUUGGGACGUAUCUACAGUGAGCACAUACUAAAUGUUGAAGAAAACACAGGAAUCUUACAGAUGUAUGUGUGGAGUCCCCACAUGUGUCUAUCAUUAAUAAUUAUGCCACAAUUAUCAUUUCAAUGGAUUUUUGGAGGUCUUUGAGGGCAAGCAGCAUUUCUUGUACAUGUUUGAAUCCUCCAGAACAGAGUGCUUUGACUGUAAAUAAUGAUAGAAGUAGAAGUUGCCUUCACUGUUCCCUUACGUGUAUAUGCAUGUUUGUUAAACAUUAAACAUUUGCUGUGGACAUCACAUUCCACCAGCCCCUGUAGCUUGCAGAAAAAAAAUGAGAAACCACUUUUUGCAUGCAUUUAUGCCCAAGCUAGAAUGCGUGAAGUGUUUGGGAAAGGCUUUCAUGGAGAAGGAGAGGCUUAAUACAACGUAAAGUCACAAAUGAGGGACAUGGCAUUGAAAUGAGCAAAGGAAGAAAGGAAUGAAUGUAAGGUUAGGAACACCCAGCAUCUACUUGUGAGAGUGCAGAGAGAGACACCAUCACUGAAAUGUAGAUUGAGGCAAGAUUAUUGAAAGAUUAGUAUCAUAUUUUCAAAUGUGCAGAUUUCAAAUGUGUACCUGUAAAUCUGUGCCCGCCCCUCCCCCCAUUUCUUUUUCAAAAGAAACUACUUUUGAAAACAAUUGCUGAUUUAACAAACAUUUUGAGUGUUUGCUCUGUGCCAGGCACUUUGCUAGGAGGUGGGGAUUUAAUGAGAAAUAAAAUAGAUAUGACCCUUGACCUCAUGGAGCUUGUAGGUUACCCUAUAAAAGGUGAGCAGAUAAUUGCAGCACAGCGAUAAGUGCUUGACAGAGGGAAACACUGUGUUAAUAUCAGAAGGAUAACUAACCAGGUUUGGGAGGUAAAGAAAUCGAACCCUUGCCAGCAUUGUUUUAAAAUAGUUUUUGGAGAAUUUUACUGAAUCAUUUUCUUGAACAGUGAUUCCUACAGUUCAUUUGUAUAGUAGGUGCUAUCAGUUUUGUUUUUCAGUUUUCCUGUGUCCUGUGUUUGUUUUCCCUGUUCCCUGUUUGCCUGUCAGUAUGGACUUCCGGAAGCUAUCAUUAAAAAUUUAUCAAACCAUGGUAUUAUAUAUAAAAUGUCAAAAAUACUCAUCUAUAGAAGAGUAUCGAUUGGCUUAUUAAUUUCAGAAUGGCUAAAAAGAUCAACAUAUAAAUAUUUGCAUGCAUUUAAAAGUUCAGAUACAUGUCCUCUCUGUUUUGGUUUUCAGUGCUUAAGAAGUUGAAGGGUUUUGAAAGUAAAACUAUGGCCAUUUUUCUUCAUCUCCUCCCUACUCCCAACCUUUGUAGCGAUAGUUCUGAGUUAAAAAAUUUUCAUGACUGGGUCCAAAAUAUAUGGAUCUGAAAGAGCCAUAUAUGAACGUGUGAUGUGUCCGUUAGCACACAUAUGUAGAGUGUACGUACGUGUUUGAGUAGAGAGGUACUGAAAUGAAUUGCUAAACAUGAGUUGGUGCUAUUUGGUUUCCACUUUCGGUGUUCUUGGCCCAGUCUGUGCUGACAGCGAACCUCUGGGACGUCCCCUCAGUGCUGUGGGGUCUUUUCCUGCCAAAUAUCGUUCUCUUGCAAGAUUAAAUAGCUGAAUCAGUGUGGCCCGAAUCUCGAUCCUGCUGAGAAUAUUGACUCCUGGAGGUUGUAAUACAGAUUAGCUGGUGAGAGCUCUGUUGGAAAAAUAAAGUGAGUUUCUCUAAAUGAAUUUAACAACUGCUGUGAACCUUUUUGCAUCCUCCAGCAUGAAUGCGUAUGCUGGCAGUUAACCAUUUAUUUCCCUCAUUUUCUCCCAAAGUUGCUCCAGUCCACCCCUGGGCAUUUAUUGUAAAUGUUUUCGUAACUUUAUUUCACAUUUAUGUUUCGCUCGAUAAGGCAUUUGGCAUGUUAAAUUACUAAGUACUGUGAAGGGUAGGUCAUUAUUUAUUUAUUUAAGGAGGAAAACCAUUUUUUGUACUUAUAAAAAUAAUUUAGUGUCACUUAUAUAAUUAAAUAAACCACACCACAGGGUUAUUUAGAGUAAACUGACUAGCCCAUUGCUUUCUGAUCACAGACUUCAUGUUAUUGGUCAAAAAAUUGUGAAAUAUUUAGCACGAGGCAGGACAGAUGGCUAAAAUUAUUUGCAUUGCUUCCAACCUCUAUUCCAUGACUAUUUCUGCUUCCAGGGUUAGAUUAUAAUAACCUUUGAGGGUUCUAAAUUCUACAAAGAUUAUGGUGCUUCCCCUUAAGCGAAAUAUAUGAAAAAGUCAACGAUAGACCUCCAAAGCACAGAACACACAGAUACCCUGAAAAUGAUGAGUAGUUUGUUAGAUUUUCUGAUUGCAUGCUUCUGGAUAAGUUCAUCGAACUCUUUGCUAUUUUGGGGGUGCCUCACGUCACUUAUGUUUAUGAAGCCUGUGCUCAGUCUGUUUAUGAGACAGUCCUUCCAUCUGCUUCCUACGUUCUUACCCAUUUGUCUCUUGACACCUCCUCUGUGUGUGUGUGUGUGUGUGUGUGUGUGUGUAUGUGAUUUCUCAGUACAAAUGUCUGUGACUGUGAUUUGUAAAUGCCAAAGCACGACACAACUGGAAGACUCUUAAACUGGUGAGUGCUGUGUUUACUUUUGCAGAUUACUCCUUAGAUCAUCACUGCGAUUAUUACAAUAAUAUCUUUAAAAUUAAAUAAUUAGUUAAAUUAUUUUUUAAUUUGCCACCAUAAGCACACCCGAAACUGGGGGUAAAAAAUGUCCCGAGUGGGACUUCCCUGGCGGUCCAGUGGUUAAGACUCUGCGCCUCCACUGCAGGGGCGUGGGUUCGAUCCUUGGUGGGGGAGCUAAGAUCCCUUAUGCCUCGCAUGGCACAACCAAAAGGAAAAAAGAAUGUCCUGAGAGAAGGCACGAGAAGAGGGGGGCAGUAUCAGUUUGUCUUCAUAAAAUAGCCUAUAUUUUGCAGUUACCCCAGAUGAAGGUGUUAGACAAAGUACCACCUGACACUGAGUCUGUGUUUACUGAAUACUUUGCAGGUUAACUUGCAACUCUGCCACACUGUCAGGAAUAUAACUGGGGCUAGAACCAAGGUCUCUUGACCUCUAGCCUGUUUUGCCCUUCUCUUUGGAUGCAUGACUCUUUGAAUUACAUUGAUGGUCAUUGUUGAAAUUUGCAGUCAUUCAGAAAUAGACUUUUGAGGUGCAUUUAAAAAAGGACUCCUAAUUAUUAAACUGUAAAUCCUCUAAAAUAUCAUCAGAGGCUCAAAAAAAUCCAUCAUUGCACAAAAUAUUUAUGAGUUAUCCAUAGUAAAUGCCAUCGGGAUUUCCAUGCCUGUGACCUUGAUUUCAGUCUCCCAGUAUUAAGACUACAUCCCCCUUUUAAAUUGUAAAAUAUAUUACACAAACAAAACUGUCUAUGGAAACUUAUGUACAGUUUAAAGAAUACCCAGCUUACAGAAUAGAGCGUUUUGGAAACAUUUGAAGGCCCUGAUGUUCUUAGGUUUAUACCUCAUCCCCCUGACUAGCUACCAGCAACACAAGGGCCACUGCAUCUUGAAAACACAGAUUUUCACAUCCAAAUGACGAAAAGAUGAGAUGAAAACACAAUUUCCAUAUAUGGAAACAAUGUACAGGUUUUGGGGAAAACCUGAUUGGCUUCUUGCACCAUAAAGCACACAACGGUCGGCAGGUUUAUCCUCAAUCAGCUGUUCGGGACUCAAGCAUGAGAAUGUCAGUCACUGUGACACUGUGCACCACUGUUUAUGCUUAGAUGACGCCUCCUCCCUGAAUGGAGGAUGAGGUUGGGGACAAACGUUCAUGAAGGGCUCACUCUGUGCUGGGCACAGUCCUUCACACUUGUUAUUUCAUUUGUUUUUCUCAACAGUCCCUAGAAAUAGUUGUCAUUAUCCUCAUGUCAUGGAUGAAACAAGCCCAGAGAAAAUAAAUAAAUUUCCUAAAUGCAUACAACCAGUGAAGAACAGAAUGGAGGUUUGAGUCCAGGGUUUUUUCCAGACUUUAAAAUGCUGAAUUUUCCCUCUACACCAGAAUUUUGGGAUUGUUGCUUAUAUGUUAUAUCUGGAGCCCUUGUGCCAUAGUGCAAAUGUCCAAGAUGUAAGCUUCUGGGUUUUUUUUGUUUUCGGCACGCCUCAUGGCUUUCAGGAUCUUAGUUCCCCUACCGGGGAUUGAACUGGGGCCACAACAGUGAAAGUGCCGAGUCCUAACCACUGGACCGCCAGGGAAUUCCCAGGAACUUCUUUUUGUUAAUGCAGCAGUUCAUUUAUCCUUAAAUGGCAUUUUGGAGGCCACAUGGUGAUAUUAGGACCAAAUUUAGAAGUUUCAAAUUUGUUACCACCGGAAACAGAGCUUUACCACCGAUGAGUGGAAUCUCCCAUUCAAACAUUCCUUUAUGUGCUGGGGUGCAGGAAGGCACUGCAUUGCCCCAGACAGUGCGAGUGUGGGACUUACUCAUGUGAUACUUGAGGUUAAGGAUUAAUGCAUAUUCUCCUUCGAGAUGUACUUACCUUUCUUGUUCUACCUUCCUCUGAAGGUGCCUGCUCUGUGCUUGGUUUUGUGCUGGGAGCUGGGGACACAGGAUCUAAGCAUGGAUCUCGCUCAGCCCAGAACACACAGCACAGCCUAUUAGGAGAGAGAUGAGGUUUCGGGGUUUGGGUAUCAUAGAGUCAGGAACCCAGCCCUAGGUGGGAUGUGGUGACGGUCACAGUUGGCUUACGGAAGAAGGUGGCAUGAAAUGAGUUUGUAAGAAUGAAUAAGGACAGAGACAGAGGAGGAAGAGGUGAUGGCGAGUGGUGGGUGGUGAAAACUUCCCACAUAGGGAACUGAGUAUACAAGGAGUCAAGAAUGAAACUGCAUGUGAGGAACUGCAAAUACUAAUUUUAUCCUGAAGAUUGGGGGAGUAACUAAAAGGUAUUUUUUAGUAAGGAAAUGGCACUAGACUUUAGGGUCAUCGUUUGUCUAAAUAUUGGGAGUGGUUUAUCUAGUCCUGUCGUCAACUUGGCCCUUGUACGGGUGGUAUUUCACUGCAGUUUUCACCAUGGAUCUUGAAGCUCCUACGUCCGGCUCUUGUUGGUCCUGUGGUGAUUGUAACACUAGUGUUUGUUGGGCUCUGCUUUUGCAGAACAACAAAAACAAAAUCACGACUUCUUGUAUCUCUGUAUUUUUAAGCUGUGCCAAUUAAAAAUAAAAGCACUUAAGCACUUUUGGUGCAUGGAUUUAGACUUGAAUGACAAAUGUCAAGCACAGGUGUCGGUAUGGUAUGGAAAUAGGGCAAAGGUGUGUUCGUGCACCAACCGUGAUACAAGCCGGGUGUGGCCAGUCUCAGACACAAUGUCAGGUUGGUAGGUCUGAGCGUGUAAACCCAUAUAGGUAUGUAUGCCUUUAGCAUUGCAUGCAGGUGCUACAUUAGUUCCAUACGAAUAUGGAGAGGAAAAUCUCCAUUUCUAAACCGUUGGCAAUUGGGGUAAACUUAACUAUGUUUUAAUAAAGGUUAAGCCUAAACUUUUGUUGUUUGUUUUCAAAAGUUAGAUGACAAACCAGAGUGCAGCUAACUUUAACUCAGAAAACGUAACUGCCUCUUGCUCAUUCAACAGGCCAGAGAUCGUAGACAUCAAUCAGCACAGAUGACUAUGUUGUGCAUAUAGAUGGUCCAAGAGAUGACCUGGGGUCCUUGUUGUCCUCAGGGUACUGUCCAGAAAUAAUCUUUUCUGGCAGCUUAUAAGGAUACCUGUCUGAGAUGAUUUACCAUUGGCUCCUCAAGUCAGAAUGCAAAGGAAUGAAAUCCUUGCAGUUGAAUAGUUUUGAAUGACAGUUUUUAUGUGUGUAAGAAAUUGAGGACUUGAUCCUAGUUAAAAGCAAAGGAAGUUAGUUUUGAGUUGUAGCAAGAUAUGUGGGUAAGAAGCAAGAAAUAACUUCCAUGACUUCCCUGGUGAUGCAGUGGUUAAGAAUCCGCCUGCCAAUGCAGGGGACAUGGGUUCGAGCCCUGGUCCUGGAAGACCCCACAUGCCGCGGAGCAACUAACCCCAUGUGCCACAACUACUGAGCCUGUGCUCUAGGGCCCGCGAACCACAAAUACUGAGCCACAACUACUGAGGCCGUGUGCUGCAACUACUGAAGCCCGCGCGCCUAGGGCCUGUGCUCUUCAACAAGAGAGGCCACCACAAUGAGAAGCCUGUGCACCGCAGUAAAGAGUAACCCCUGCUCGCCACAACUAGAGAGAGCCCGGGCACAGCAAUGAAGACCCAGUGCAGCCAAACAUAUAUAAAUAAAAAUAAUUUAAAAAAAAGAAAAAAAAAGAAAUAACUUCCUACGAUAUGUGGAUUAUAGAAUAAAGUCUUAAGGCUCUUUCAACUUUUAAAAUGACCUAUUUCAGCAGAGCCUUAUAUCUCAAUCAUUAUGCUUCUUUCUCUUACAUCUCAAACGGGAAUGAUAAUAUUUAUGCUUAAGCUGAGAGGAUCAGUGAAAGCCUGAUGGAAAAGCCCUUUGUGUGAUGCACAAGAAAGGCACUGUUAAAUAACAAUGUGAAAUCAGGCUCUGUCUGUGGAGAUGGGUACAUGGAGGGAUGAUUGGCUUUCCUUUUUGGCUUUUUAUAAUUUUAUUAAAAUGUAAUAGAAACCCGGGGAAAGCAGUGUAGUCUGGCUUGAGAGAGUCAGGGAGAUGCGUGUGUAGAGGAGGAGAUGCCGGUGUACAUCACUGGGCUGCUCUGUACUUGCCAGAUGCUCUCUGAAAUCCCUCCAGAUCACACAUUGAAAGCCAAGUGGUGGUAAUUAUUCCUGAGGAUCCCAAAGUGUUAUAUUUUGAAAUGGGGAUUAAUACCAGGCAAAAAGCCCUCUGUUAUUUAUGAAAGAUCCAGUUUUCUUCUUCUGUAUGGUUUUGUUCUUUUAAAAAGAAUAUUCGAGAUGAGCUGAUGUUUAUGGCCCUGAAAAAGAAGCGACCUAACCUUAUUCAGAAGGUGGGAGAAUGUUCAAGUCUGUUGAACAAUGUUGGAUGACAAGGUCAUUUUGAAGGACAGAAUAAGCAAUAAUUACAACAGGCAGAAAUUAAACCAUAAUGAACAGUAAUCCUGAAGAAAAUUAAAACACAGAAAACACUGCAUUAUUUAUUUGGAUUCAGUGGGAACAUGCCAAGGGAGAGGCAGCUGGCUUUCUGCUUUUGGAAUGUUUGUAGACUAGAGAAGAAGCUGUCAAUCAGAUUUAAGCUCUCACUUAAUUCUUGCUUUUAGGUCAGAUCUAACUGUAAAGUGAAGUGGGGAAUGGACACAGUUAACGAUGUGACCCGGGACAGGAAAGACAUGAACCAUAGAGACAAGCCGACAUGAGGUUGGAUUCUGCCUGUACCUAUUUCAUCAUCACUACCUGCUGUUUCCUAGCUUCUGUACUCAGCAGAACUUUGGGCCUUAAGAGCUGAUUUUUAGAGGCAGAAAAGACUGGGGUUCAAAUGACAGCAUCUUUUAUUACCUCUAUUUCUCUAGAAAAUAGAGUCAUAAAGGGUUUCUGCUUCAUUUAUUUCACUGUAUCUUAAGUUUCCACAUCUGUAAAAUGGAAAUUACAAAAUACUUUAACUUGGGACUUCCCUGUGGCGUAGUGGUUAAGAAUCCGCCUGCCAAUGCAGGGGACACGGGUUGGAUACCUUUUCUGGGAAGAUCCCACAUGCUGCGGAGCAGCUAAGCCCUUGUGCCACAACUACUGAGCCUGCGCUCUAGAGCCCGCGAGCCACAGCUACUGAAGCCCGCGUGCCUAGAGCCCGUGCUCCGCCACAAGAGAAGCCACCGCAAUGAGAAGCCCGCGCACCGCAACGAAGAGUAGCCGCCGCUCGCCACAACUAGAGAAAGCCCGCAUGCAGCAACGAAGACCCAACGCAGCCAAAAAUAAAAUUAAUUUUAAAAAAUACUUUCACUUGUAGGAUAAUUAUAAGAAUUAAAUAUUAGCACUUGGCAUAGUGCUCAGUGACAGAUAGUUUUGUUAUUAUUGUGAAAUAAACUGAAAAUUGAGAAAAGAUCUUGGCAUGAAAAUGUUUAAAGAGUCACUUCAUUUUGUUUUUGUGGAAAUAGGAACAGUAUUUCCAAUCUUCAAAUUUAUUACCGUUUAUGACAGUUUAUUUUACUUGGAUAUCCUUGAAGUAUUAUUUUGAUUAUUUUGGUUAUGGUCACUCAUAGUUUUGUGUAAAACAUCUUCAUUAGACAAUGUUGCAAAAUAUUCCUGGGAGCUAAUGUCUGUUAUAGAAUUUUCAUUUAUAAGUGUAGAAGGUGGUCAUUUCAGUGACAGUAUGCAUACUGAUUUAAUGAUUCUCAUGUGUUCAAGGAGAAGAAAAAUCUCAUUGAUGCAGCUCAGCACAGCACAUACGUUCGCAAAUGAAUUGUUUCCCAGUUUCGGCUCAGAACUCUAAGGUUUUUACACCAAUCCCUAAUGGUGUUUUACUUCCUCACAAGCAUUUAUGAUAAACAUCAGGGUUAUUUAAGGACGAGCUUUUAAAUAGGAUGGAGGAGGUGGAUGGAGGAUGGAGGAAAACCCAUGUUUCUGCUGGAAUUCUGUAUGUUAACUUAAAAGGGUUGAAACUAACGCUUAAAUUCUGCUUCUGCUUCAUCAGAAGGCACAGAUUCCAGAUUCAGUAUUUGAUCUGCAGGAGGAGGUCCGUCGGUGUCCAUGGUGCGAUGUCCAGGUGAUAUGGGUAUUUUAAGGCAGGUUGCUGCAGUGGACUUGCUCACCUGGCGGGGGCGGGGGUGGGGGAGGGCGGCACCUGCAGUUCCAUUAUGUGUGUUCUUGCUGUGUGGUGCUUAGCGACUUUGAUGAAGAGAUGCCAGGGAUCAUCUGCAGCGUUAGUUAAUAUUAGAAUCGCUGGUAUGCUCACAGUUGAUGUCUGUCAUAUUUAGCACAGGCUUGGCAGAUUCAAAAAUUUCUGUGAUUUUUCGUCCAGAAAUGAAUUUGUUUUGUGACCUUUGUUACGGAUACCCAAGCUGUGUAUUACACAAAAUCCGCAUCUGAGAGGGGAUUGUAGCUGCUUCCUCAGGGCGACUUUUAUAGCAUUUGCCACACUUUGGCGAAGAACUGAUUUUAUUUUCUUUCUCCCCAGUCAGCUAGACUGUGGUUCCUUGAGCUCAGGGCAUGUGGCCAGUCAUAUUUUUAACCUCAGCACCAGACAUUGUGCCUGGCAUGUGUUGACAUGCAAUAAAUGUUUUAAUGAAUAAGUGAAAUUGUGUAGCCCUUUACUUCACUGAUGCACAGCAUGUAAGUUUUUUUCCGGAUUCAUUUCCACUCAGACUUUCACAAGGCCCUGACCUGUCCUGCCACACUCCUUGAUCUCCUCUCCUCCCAUUUGGCUCCUAGAAGAGAUGUGUUGCAAUGUUCUAAAGAUUUGUCUACUAAGGAAACGUUAGUGAUGUUGUAUGUGCUGUGGUUACACCUUAUAUGAAUCAGAAUAGAUUAGCUGUUGAAAUAAACAAUCGUCAGAUCUGAGCACAAUAAAGUUGAUCCCUCUCUCGCAUACAAGGCCAAUGCAGUGGUAGUGGGGGUGGGGUGCUUAAGGGCUCUGCUCCAUGGAGUCAUUCAGUGAUCCAGGCCCCUUCUAUCUAGUGUCUCUGCUAUUGCCUGGACCUUGGAAUUCUCCACUAGGUGAGCUACAUCUGGCAUGCAGUCAGCCAUAGAGAGGAACCAUGGUGAGUCAUAAGAGGUGUUAGGGGCUAGGUCUGGAAGUUGUGUACAUCACAUCCAUCUAUGUUUCACAGGCCAGAAUUCAGUCCUGUGAACUCAUUUGACUGCUGGGGGCUGGAAGUACUGAGUAGUGGUAUGCCAAGGAGGAAUGCAAAAACUGGGUAUUAGUGGCCAUGGUCAGUUCCUGCCAUACAACCUUUUAUCAAAAGUCUGUCCUUCUAGGAGAGGCAGAAAAAGUGCCAAAUGCUUUGUGUGUCCCUUUAGCCUCUAAGAUGCUUGCCAUGUUCUCAUAAGAGCUGACUCUGGGUUUCAGGGAGAAGAAGGAAUACUUUGGGUUGAGAACUCUUUCUCUGUCCUUUGUUUUGACUGUGGACCUGUCUCUUAGGUCUGGCUCAGUCACAGGUGAGACUAAUGUCCAAUCUAAAGUGGGCAGUGAGAUCUUGCAAUAAUAUGAUAGAGAGGAUACAAGAAGUCCAAGUGUAAAAUGCAGACUUGAUUUUUGGUCAGAGUUAAUGAAGAAAUAUUUUAAAGUUAAUCUGUGCUGUCCAAAAGUACAAAAAUAAAGUGAAACUUAAAGCAUACCCCGCUGGCCAUAUAUUGAACUGAGAAGUCCCAAAUGGUCACACGGAAGUUACUUCCUCAUCACCCAUCUCCCUCAGAUAAGAAGUUUAGCCCUGUCUGCAUUGGAAAACGGAAGCUGGGUGGAGGACAGGAGCAGCCAACUGCCGGUUGUGCUGUAUCCAAAUUGACUAAACCUGGGGCUUUGCUGUAUUUGUGUGUGUGUGUGUGUGUGUGUGUGUGUGUGUGUGUGUGUGUGUGUACUUCUUAAAGUUUACAUUUACCUGCCACCUCUAAGAAUGAAUCAGAUGUAUAAUGUAAUGGUAUACAGCUCAGUUUUGAGAGUGAUGUUUUGUGAAAAUUACUUUUGAGUCAUAUUCUUUUUGAAAAAGUUUCCAAGGCCAUUUAGUGACUUAAAAAAUUGACACGUCCUUUUGGGGUCAUGGCUAACAGUUUAUAAAUUUUCUGUAAAAGGGAAGUUUAGUUUUCAAACCAGGAGAGAUGCAUGUAAAUAGUGAAUUAUUUAAGUAACCUAAAGGCUUCAAAUAGUUGGUGUAAAUUCCCAGUUGACACCUACAAAAUGGCAAACAUGUUAAGAGAAUCUGGCCUCUUCCAAUGGAUUGUGCCUUUUUUUUCUGUCAUGCAAACUUGUGCAUGUAUUUUAUGAAGUGUUAAUACAGUUAGUAUCUAAUGUUCCUAAUCUAUGCAAUUGGAUAUUUCUUAAAUGGGUUUUCUGCAUGCAAGCAUUUGUACACAUUAAUAUUUAUGCAAGUAUUCAAAUCAAUGCAAGGGCAUCUGUCUGAGUAUGUGAUAAAAAUAUGCAUAUGCAUGAACAUUUGUACCAGGGGAUAAGUCCCCAAAGUUAGUGAUUGCUGAGGUUACAGUUUUCAACUUUUGUCCUUUUAACAAAAUUUCCUUGACUAGAAAAAGGCAUGCACAGAAAUAGCACAAGCGCUAAUAUUGACAAAUAAAAUGGUUUUAUUUAACAGUAUUUAAUAGAGGUGAGUUACAAGUCUUUAAUUAGCAAUGUGACAUUUUAGAAAACAGAGUAUGUAUUUUAGAAUAUGUAGCAGUUUUCACAAAGAGCAUUUAUUCUAAUAUAUUGCCAGUAUAAAAAACAUGCUAUUAGGAAUGAAAUAAUUUUUGUAAGAAAUAUUCUAUUUCAUUGUUAUUUAUUUCUUUAUUUUAGCUUGAGGCUGACCCCUAGAAAUACUUGGCUCAGUUAGAACAGGGCUUCUUUUGGCUUUUUUAAGGGUGCACGCGAGAAUGUAAAGGAUGACAGAAUGGUGGGGGAUUGGGUAGAGGGGAAGGCUUCCAAUUUCCAGCCCUUCAUGGUCACUGUUGAUAUGCUUGUCCGUGUCGUCUCAGGAGAUUCUGACUUCUGGGAUCUUUCUCAGGCUGGAAAACCUGGUAUCUGGGGUCCAGCCUCCCUGAGAAAUCUAAGGAGCCUCCGAGAGGAGGCCUGGACAUUUCCGGGACACUGCUGUGAAGCACAGGGGUUGACAGUCCUCACUGCUUGGUGAUCUCCUGACCCCCACCCUGUACCUUUGUUAGUCUGGAGGACCAUCUCUCUUUGAUCUCUUUAUAGUUCUGAUUCUGCGUUGUCUAGUUAUUAGGUUCAACUGAAAGAGUUUUUUUUCUUGAUUUAUAAACUUAUUUGUUGGUAAAUGUCCAGCUCCCGAUGUUAACAGUUCAUGGAAGGACAAGAAUAAACAGAGUUGAUUCUGAAAUAUCAGUUCUGUAGUUUAAAGAUGUGUGAAAGAUUUCUGUUUUUGCAUCCCAUUGGCCAGGAAUUUAAAAUCUACCAGUUGUUUGGAAGAGAUUGAGAAUUAUGGUGUGUCUUUGUCAUGCGUAAGCAACAUCUUCCCAGUGAAAUUUUGCUUAGCUGAUUUUAAGCUGAAAUGCCAGGGAAUUAAUUUUUUUCUUAUGGGAAAGAAAGGGUUGAGAGAAUUAUGAACGACUUUGGUGUGAAUUUGAAAGGAAUUACUUGCUCAGAGUUACACUGUCCCUUCUCAAAGCCUAAAUAGUACUUAUUUUCCAUGAUUAACUGGGGUGAAGGUGCAGAUUUUUGUUUCUGUGUCUCAUAUGUGGAAGGCAAAGCUAUCGCUAUUCACGGAGCAGAGAUGGCGGGUUAAAAUGUUCCAGAUCGCUAAUGGACAUGUAGUAUUGCCUCUUUGAACGUUUUCCAGUUGAAUCAUUCUAGGCAAGCCCUAUGGUAUAGCAUUUGGAGCCUGGGUCACAUAUGCUUCUCUGCGCUGAUGGAGGCUCCUCCAUUGCAAGGAGGAUUUUGUCUCCCUUGUGAGUAUUUGCUUGGUCCACCUCUAAGGAGAGGCCAUCUAUUUAGGCUGAAGGCAAAGGAGUAGCUAGUGUAGAAAUUUUGCAGUAGGAAGGAGUUUGGUAUGUUGUAGGCAUGAAGAGAAGGCUGGAGAGAGCAAAGGGGGAGGUGGUAUAGGAUGUAAGAAGAGAGACUAGGCAGGGCCACGAUACAGAGCGGGGACUUUACUGUAGCUAUAAUGGAAGCCGUUGAAAGUUUUAAAGUAGGGGUGUGACCCAAUUUGAUUUACGUUUUCAAGAAGAUAACCUUGGCUGAUAGGUGGAAAAAACGGAUUGUAUGUGGCCAAGAAUGAACACAGGGAAUAGUUAUGGGGGAUGGGUAAGAUAAUGGUGGUUUGGACUGAUCUGGUGGCAAUGGAAAUGAAGGAAAGAGGACCAUUUCAAGUUUUACUUUGGAGGUAGGGCUCCUUCAGCCUCAUGCUGAAGAACAGAUGUUGAGAAUGAAGGAGCAGAGAAUACAAAGACGUCUCCCAGAAUUUUGGUUCUAACAAAUGAUUGAAUGGUGUGGCCAUUUAACUUAAAUGAGGAAGACUAGGGGAGGAACAAGUGGAAGACAGAAAUUCUGUUCGGUUGGAUAUGAGCUUCCAUGUGGGGGCAGCCGUUAAGCUUUUCUCGCUGUAUCAUGAAGCUCAGGGGAGAGGCCGGGAAGGAAGUAUAAAUUGGAGAGAGUCAUCAGACCUUAUAUGGUACAUGUGGUAUUUCAAACCCCGGAAAAGUUCUGAGGUCACCUAGAAAAAAAGGGUAGAGAUGAGAAGAGGGGCCAGAACCGAGCCCCAAGCUCUCCAGCCUUUAGAGUCUGGUAGAAGAAGACAAACAAGACAAGGCGGGUCUCGUGAGAUGACAGAGAAUUAGGUAAAUUCGAAACAGAAGCCAGGAGAAGACACAGUUUUUAUUUAUUUAUUUAUAAAUUUAUUUAUUUUAUUUAUUUAUUUUUGGCUGUGUUGGGUCUUCGUUGCUGCGUGUGGGCUUUCUCUAGCUGCAGCGAGCGGGGGCUACUCUUCGUUGCGGUGCGCGGGCUUCUUGUUGUGGUGGCUUCUCUUGUUGUGGAGCACGGGCUCUAGGCGCACGGGCUUCAGUAGUUGUGGCGCGUGGGCUCAGUAGUUGUGGCUCACGGGCUCUAGAGCGCAGGCUCAGUAGUUGUGGCUCACAGGCUCUAGAGCGCAGGCUCAGUAGUUGUGGCUCGCGGGCUCUAGGGCGCAGGCUCAGUAGUUGUGGCGCAUGGGCUUAGUUGCUUUGCGGCAUGUGGGUUCUUCCCAGACCGGGGCUUGAACCCAUGUCCCCUGCAUUGGCAGGCGGAUUCUUAACCACUGCGCCACCAGGGAAGCCCGACACAGUUUUUAAAAAGGACAAGUCAAAUGCUGCUGAGGAGGUCAAAUAAAGGGAGGAUGUUGAAAUGCUCAUUAAAUUUGGCACCCUUAAGGGAGUUGCUGAUGUUGGCAAGGGUUCAGGGGAAUGGAGGUGAUGAACUGGAGAUAGUGAAUAAAGGUAAAUUGUUCAAGAAGUGUUGCUGGGAAGGGCUGAAGGUGGAGGUAAACUUAAGGUGGAAAGAUUUUUGUUGUAUUUCUCAUUUUUGUUGUUGUUUCUUUUUUUUCCUGUGGGAACUACUACAGCGUAGUUGAAUGAACAUUGAUGGAAUUGAUCCAUUGGAGAAGGAGAAACUGGUGAUGCAGGGGAGAGAAGGAUAACAGUAGGAGGAGGAUAGGCAUGGAAUUCAAAGCACAAGUGUAGGGUUGGCUUUGCUAGGAUCCAGGAAUAUUCCUUCCAUUAUAUGAGAAGGGAAAGCAGAAAGUAUGCAUUUAGUUACAGGUGGGUUUAUGGUUGGUGGUGGGAAGGCUAGGUAGUCGCAGUGGGUUGCUUCCAGUUUCUGUGGAUCUGUGUUUCUGGGUUCUGCCUUUCUCUAAAUCCCCUUUUUCUCAGUGCUUAUGAAUUGGUUCUGCACAACUCCAGUCUCACCUCAGUCACAUACCCUGUGUAUGUCCAAGUUCUCUUGUGGGUGUCUACAAGUGAGGGCGUAGCCAGGCCGUGGCCAGAACCUUAGGGUGGUUCUCAGAGUUUUGCUUUCACCUGAGCACUGAGCUGUCCCGUAUUGUAGCCAGUGGCCAUGGCUGGCCGUUGAGGGCUUGAAAUGUGGUUGGUGUGACGAACGAAUUGAACAUUUAAUUUUAUUUCAUUUCAACUUAAAUACUGAUUCCCGACUCAGUUAUUGGAAAAACUUUUUCUGUGUUUGGGACAAAGUUGAUAUGUGAAUCUACUUUUUCAACUAUACCAGGGAUCUCCAAUAAAAUUUUGUGUCUGGAUUGCGAUGUGCUCUGAGUGCAAAUUGUACCCUGAUUUCGAAGACUUAGCUAAAAAAAUAAGUAAAUUAUCUUGUUGAUAAUUUUAUAUCGAUUACAUGUUGACACGAUGAUAAUCUGGAUACGUAAACUAUAUUGUUAAAUCAACUUCAGUUGAUUCCAAAAAGUUUUUUGAAGUAGCUACUAGAAAAGUUCAAAUUAAAAUAUGGCUCACAUCGUAUUUCUGUCGGGCGGCACUGCUUUAGGGCUGUGCCUGUAAGAAAGGCUUAUAUUUUAGGUGUGUGCUUGGUCACGCCUGUCUAAGAGCAGUCCAUGUCUCACUACGAGGAGCAGUGACCUCAGAGGGUUGAUGCUGCUCGCUUAAGGUCUCAGGGCUGCAGAACUGGGAUCUGAACCCUGGCUCUCUGGCUGCCUGCAGGCUGUGCCCUGGACCGUGCACCACGUGGAAGUCAUUUCGUGCAUUCUUUCUCUUGAGUUAUUCUGUGUUUACACUAGCAAAGGAUAUUUACAUGGACACUUAAAGGGCAGAAUUUGGUUUUUAGCUCAAGCAGUUGAAAUUAUGGUUCUCGGGGUAUGGUUUUAAUGUACUGUUACUGACUUUGCUUUGAUUUCACUGAGGAUACACAGUUUAUAGUGAGGCCUCUCCCUGGCCUUGAACGCAAGGACUAACAGUCGGCUCUUUCAUGUUUCUUAUUUACUACUAAUGAUGACCACCGUUUGCUCUGUGCACUGGAUCUGCUAUCACCAGGUGCUGGUGUGCACUUAGUCCAUUAUCCCAUGCUUGAUGAUACACUCCUUUUGUCUUGCGAUUGUUAAGCUUUCAUUAGGGAUCCUUGUGAAGAAGACAUUUAUUUAUUUUUCAUAGGACUAAUUUCAAGUUAAUAUAAAUUUUAAAGGGUUAUGAUCUACCACGAUUUGCUAUGGGCAUCUGAAGGUCAGGGCGUCUCAGACUGAACUCCCUAUCCAUUCCUCCUCUUUUUCAUUCCCUGCCUUUAGUGUCAUCUUCAACUCCGGUUCUCUUGCAUUGCCCCCAGGAUGCCGCCAUCGAUCGCGGUGAAGUGACUCUCCACGUCCUUCCGGUCUGUCUCAUCCCUUCUUUCUACCUGCUGCCACGGCCUAGUUCAGACCUUCAAACAUCCCUAACUUUUCUUUCUGCUCCCAUUCACUUGUGAUUGUUUACUUAUUUAUUUUCCCCACUCAUCAGUUUCCUGAGAGGGGCCUUUGUCUCUAUCAUCUUUGGGUUUUUAGGUCUUAGCUGAGAGCUUGUGCUGUUGACAGGAAUGUUCGUAGGUUAUGUUUCUCUCUACAUGUGCAUUCUUCUCUCCCUCCCUCCUGAAUACUGUUAGCAUAGCUUACUCAGCAGAGCUCCCCAGCUGGAUGCACAGUCAGCAGCAGUGCUGCAAGCCCUUGGUGAAUGCAAGAUCGCAUGCUGUACCCAUGUUCCCACUUGGUUCACGUGGAUCCAGCGAAAAUCUCUCCCUGGCUACUCCAGCUAAUGGGGGACAGAUUUCUUUCUUGGAGCCUAACUGAUACGUCUCUGGGGCAUAGAACUGGAUAGAAAUCCCUAGAAUGUGAUAUCUAAUACUCAAUAACCUUGGGACAAACUGAGGAUGAUUUCCAUAUAGGUGUAUAGGCAGAGCAUUUGGUUCACUGUUUAUGAGCCAAAGCUUGCAAUAGAAAACUAAGGGGAAAAAAAAAAAAAAAAGAAAGAAAAA